AUGACUUUAUCGCCCCGUCUUCUUGCAGUCUUCUGCAAAAGACUUGGGCGCCCUGGUCUAGUCUACCGGUUAGUGGUUCAAUUUUACCUGCCUGGGCGCAUGCUUGAGUUGGGAAAUGGUGUACGGCUUUUGGGAAGAUCUUAUCCUCUCACAGCCCUUUUCGGCAGAUGGGUUGAUCGCAUCAAUGAUCUGACCUUUUCGGCUCACCGCCUCAUUCCCUUGCCCAUAGAUCCUGAAUGA